AUGCAGACCAAUUCCGGAUCGCAGCGCGUGCGCCAAAUGCCGCUGGAUCCACAAUCCUACCAGCGCAAAUUCUACCAACGGCAAACUGAGUAUCUAUGCUCCAUUCUUCCUCAGCAUGCGGCGGAUUUUGUGAUCCGUUCCAGCAACGGGGAAGAGUUUCCCGUCAGCCGCUAUCUCCUCAUGGCCCAUUCACCGGUCUUCGCCGCCAUGCUGACCCAUGAUUCCAAAGAGAAAGAGCAAUCACGCUGUGAACUGGAUGAUGUGGAUACAGAGAGCGUGGGCAUUCUGCUAGACUAUGUUAAUGGAUGCGGGCUGGCAAAGGUCAACGACGCCAACGCGGAGAAGGCGAUGAUAAUGGCGGUCAAGUAUGCCAUUAUCGACUUGCGCGGCUAUUGUGAACACUGGCUGGCCAACGGUGUGACAGAAAUGAAUGCUGCAAAGUAUCUGGCUCUUGCGGAACAGCUCGACCUGUCUGUGCUGAAGAAAGCAGCGCUGUUCGUCAUCAAAAGAGAUAGCAUACCGCCAGCGGCAGCAGAUGCUGCACUCGACAAAUUGACCAAAGCUUCGAAGUUCAGCCAAGCCUCAAUCUUUAACAUUUUUCUCGGAAAAAUGUAA